UGUUAUUUUUGUGACGUUCGACUACCGGGGGAAAGCGAUCGGUGAUCUGCGCCCCUAAUUUUGCAGAUCUUCUCGCCUUUUCCUCGUCCUCCUCCGUCGCAAGAAAAGUUUCAAGGGUUCAUCUUCUUCUCCUGUUCGUCUCGAAUCGAUCGGUUCGUUCUUCUUGGGCCUCGGCUACGGCCGGAGGGGGAUUCCGCGACCAUUCCCGCGAGAUCUGGUGCUCGUGAUCGUAUCUUGAGCUGGAAGAUUACGUGACAGCAAAUAAGGAGUGCAGAACUUGAUUCAAUCAUUUCUACUGUAUAAAGAGUUUGCAUAUGCACUAUGGGCUUUGCCUACAGUUCGAGAAGACCUGAACGCCAAUGACUAAAACAAUGAUGUGCAAGAGUCGAUCUUCAAAAAAGUCUUGAACUGAUUUAUCUCGCUAUAGAAGAGCUCCUCAUCAUCAUUGAUCCAUGGGGGAGUGGAUUAUUGGAGCAUUUAUUAAUAUAAUUGGGAGUAUUACUAUAAACUUUGGGACUAACCUUCUAAAAUUGGGUCAUGAUCAGCGAGAGAAGCAUUAUAUGCCUAGCUGUGAUGGAACCAAUAGCAAAGUUAAUGUGAAAUCAAUUAUACAUUUCCAGACCUGGAGAAUUGGCAUUCUUUUGUUUGUUUUCGGGAACUGCCUCAACUUUGUUUCCUUUGCAUAUGCUGCACAGUCACUUCUUGCAGCAUUGGGAUCAAUUCAGUUCAUAUCUAAUAUUGCAUUUGCUUACUUUGUGCUCAGUAAGACAGUGUCAGUCAAGGUCAUGGUAGCAACAACUUUUAUUGUUUUUGGCAACAUUUUCUUAGUGUCUUUUGGAAACCACCAGUCACCUGUAUAUACACCAGAGGAGUUGAUUGCAAAAUACAGCAGCAUGGUUUUUCUUCUCUAUUGCUUGACUUUGUUAUUGAUAGUUGGUGUUAACCAGUACUUUUACAGGACAGGAGAAGCAUAUCUUUCAGUUUCUGAUCCAGUGAGUUCCUAUUGGCGGACUUUGCUUCCAUUUUCUUAUGCCACUGUUUCUGGUGCUGUGGGUUCUUGCUCAGUGUUAUUUGCAAAAUCCUUAUCUAAUAUGCUAAGACUGACCAUGAGCAGCAACUAUCAGUUCCAUAGCUGGUUUACAUAUUGUAUGCUGUUGUUGUUCUUUAGCACGGCAGGAUUUUGGGUAAUGAUGUCAACAAAGCCCCAAGUAAACUGUACCUUGAGACUUCCUUACUCUGAGAUGUCUGAUAUAGCUUUUCUUAAAUUCCAGAUGGCAAGACUGAAUGAAGGGUUGUCUCUUUUCGAUGCAAUCCUCAUUGUUCCCAUGUUUCAGAUUGCAUGGACCUUCUUCUCUAUCUUUACAGGAUUUGUGUAUUUUCAAGAAUAUCAAGUAUUUAACACAUUAAGAAUAACUAUGUUUGUAGUGGGGAUGACAUUUGUAUUUAUUGGCAUUUCUUUAUUAGCACCUGAUGAUUCUAAAGGAAGUGAAACAAAGGAUUCUUCUUUGCCUUCUUCAGCUCAAGACCUUCCAACUGAUAUGAACAGGGGCGCCAUGCUACUACCAUUAGAAGAUCCUGAAAUAAGUGAUGUGAGGUCACUUGCACAAGCAGUGCUUACUAAAGUGAAGUUUAUUCUGUUGAAGGCAAAGGCUGCUGGUUCUCUCUCACUCGGUCUUGGUGAGGAGUCAAUUAGCGCAUCUUCGGUACUUGUAAUGCCUAUGGUGUCUUCAAGAACAACAGGUUUCAGAGGAACUAAUUAUGAUCGAGCAAAGUUCAUUCCUCUUAGAAACACAGAAUGGGGUAAACUUUCAAUAGAUGAUAACGAUCCAGAAACGAGGGACACGAGGACUUUGCUGCCUUAAUUUUGCCGGUGUGGGGGGACCGGUGGAAGCGAAUCUUGUUGUUCCUUGAAAUGUUUCUUUCAUUAUCUCCUUGUAACAUGAAUGUAUAGAUAUAUUAAUCUUCCCCCUUUUAACUGUCUAGUGUGUAACGAGAAUGAUCUGUGGUCGGAUACUGUUUCAAAAUGUGUUGUGCCCAAUUUGGCAUUCAGAUUCA